CACGUUGCCCUGAGGUUGAAAUGCACAAGUCAAGGCUCUCUUGCCGGGAAGCAGAUUGCCUUGUGGCCCUUUUUCCUCGCGCCCCUGCCGCCUCUGCGCUGGAAAGCAGAGAGCCCGGUGGGCUAGGGCGGCCGGCAGCGCGAGAGGCCGGCAGAGCGCCUCGGGGCUUAGGGCUCCGCUCGGGAUUUAGGGCAGCCUCAGAGGUGUCCUGCUCAGAGGAAUGGAACCUGCCUUCGGGGAAGUGAACCAGCUCGGGGGGGUGUUUGUCAACGGGAGACCCCUGCCUAAUGCCAUCAGGCUCCGGAUUGUGGAACUGGCGCAACUGGGUAUCAGACCGUGUGACAUCAGCCGGCAGCUCCGCGUUUCCCACGGCUGUGUCAGCAAAAUCCUGGCUCGCUACAACGAGACCGGCUCCAUCCUACCGGGGGCUAUCGGAGGCAGCAAGCCUCGGGUCACCACCCCCACGGUGGUAAAACAUAUCCGGACCUACAAACAAAGGGAUCCGGGCAUCUUCGCCUGGGAGAUCCGGGAUCGCCUCCUGGCCGAUGGCGUGUGUGACAAGUACAACGUGCCGUCGGUCAGCUCCAUCAGCCGCAUCCUCCGGAACAAAAUCGGCAACCUGUCUCAGCAGAAUCACUACGACUCCUACAAGCAGCACCAGCCGCCCCCACAGCCCGCUCUGCCCUACAACCACAUCUACUCCUACCCCAGCCCCAUCGCCGCUGCGGGAGCCAAGGUGCCCACUCCCCCAGGGGUGCCCGCGAUUCCCAGCACCAUGGCCAUGCCCCGGACGUGGCCGUCGUCCCACUCAGUGACUGACAUCCUGGGGAUCCGCUCCAUCACAGACCAAGUGAGUGACACCUCGUCUUACCCCAGCCCCAAGGUGGAGGAAUGGAGCAGCCUGGGCCGAAACAGCUUCCCCACCGCCGCCCAGCACGCCGUGAACGGGCUGGAGAAGAGCUCCCUGGAGCAGGAGGCCAAGUACAGCCAGGCACCGAACGGCCUCCCAGCUGUCGGCAGUUUCGUGUCUGCACCGGCCAUGCCUCCCUAUGCCACGCCAGCCCAAGUCUCGCCGUACAUGACAUACAGCGCUGCCCCCUCUGGCUACAUGGCGGGCCACAGCUGGCAGCAUGCCGGAGGCACACCACUCUCCCCGCACAGCUGCGACCUCCCCACCUCGCUGGCCUUCAAGGGCAUGCAGACAGCCAGGGAAGGCAGCCACUCAGUCACAGCCUCCGCUCUCUGAUGCAGGAGCUGGUCCAGGAUGAGCGUCCCCGGCGCCUGGCUCACGGACUGCUCUCCUCGUGCUGGCAGUACCGGGCAUUUCUCCUCCUGACUUGCAUCCCGUUGGACUUUCGGGAUUGAAAGAGUUGAAGGCAACACCACAAACAGAGGGGAAUGUGCUGAUGUCCUUGCACUCUCCGACUAAAGAUCUUGUGUCCCUCAAAGGGCCCGUGGAAACUUGUCUACUCUCCUCUGGUCAAACCACACGUAUUUAUUCUUAAUCACCACAGACUUGUUAAAUGUGCAAUUGUUGUUAAGAUUUGUGUAGAAAUCAAUAAAGAAAAAUCAUCACAGGAAAUUCUGCUAUGCCUCAAAUCAGCAAUGGUGGCUAAAUAGAAGGUAUUUGCCAAAGACCUGUCUCUAGAGAACAAACCUCCAUAUUGAUGAGGUUAUGCAAUCCACUGCUAUUAAGAGAUCACUUUUUUUGUUGUUUUGUUGAGUUUUGGUAAUCAAAUAUAGAACCAAGGCAAUGUGCAGCUCUCAGAUUCUUCUCGCAUUUCGUCAUCAGUGGCAGUAAUACAUUAGUACUUUUAUCCAUUUGUAAAUAUAGGCUUUUGACAGCAUUUGUUUUCACUCCCCAGUACAUUUGUAUUUUUCCUUUUUUUUUUUUUUUUCUUUUUUUUUUUUCUCCUUUCUUGGAAGUUAAAAAGGUGACUUUCUAGCUAUUUUCUGUGUCUUUGCGUGGUGGGGUGAUAGCCUCAGGUGAUGAAGUUUAGGUAAGAUUUUUUUCAUCAUGUUUUUGUGUGGAGGCUUCAGCAUCUCAUGAAAUACAGUUAUUUCUCUAGCAGAAGAUUCAAAGACCAAAAUCCAGUCAAUAAACACUCCCCAGUUGCACCCAGCCUCCCAUGUUCACAAAAUACCACAUCCAUGUUAAGUACAGAAACAGAAAUGGGUGGAAAAUAUCUGAACAAAACUGAAUUCUGAAGAGAAAAAAAUGCUGUUAGUGUGAAACAUGCAAGGAUGCUUACAAAGCCAUGUAAGUUAGCAAAACCACUGUGAAACAGAAUUGUACUGUCAUUGUCAGCUCACUUGUGUCCAGCAUUUUUGGCCCCAAGAUUAUAUAUAUUUUUUUUAAGAAGAAGUUGUCUUUAAUUUCUGCUUUAAUGAAUGUAAAAUAUGGCUCUUGGUAAAGUUUACAAUGUUGUUCUGAAUCAUUUUUUUCCCUUGUAGGUAUACUGGUGGUGGUGCUACAAACACAGAUAUUAUUUAAUAUUAACAAGUUCCCUUUCUAGAUUUCUGUAUCCAGUGGCAAGUACUCUGUCCCAUUUAUUUUGCUUUAAACCUUCUUAAGUUUUAUCCCAAGAGAGCUAACAUUCUGAUCUUUGAAAAUUUACCUGUUUUCCUUGGGCAAUAAUAAAGUUCUGAAUAUUAUUCCAGAAUGCUUUCCACAUGCUGUAGGUAUGUUCAGAAUAUGAACAUGGAAAAAAAUAUAAAGAUUGGUGUGAGAUUUCAUAUCCUUCAUAGAAUAUUAAUAUAUUGUAUAUUUUUAUAAAUGUUGUGCAAUAACUUAAAUUACAGCAAAGAUGGUUAAAACAAAGGAGAAAACGUCAUUCUUCAAAUAUUGCUCUAUCUGCGUACAAUAUUAAACAUUCAUUCAGUGGGAAGGUAGAAUACAGUCCUCUCUUAAAAUACAUUCCUCUCUUUGUAGAUUUCCAGGUUUCAUCACUGAGACAACAGUGGGCAAUUUUUCCUAACAAUAGAAGUAAUCAGUACAAAUGUUGUGUACAGUAAAUCCACUGAAAUACAGGUGGACUCUACUUAUUGCAGCCACCUUUGCUUUUUGCUUUAAAAAACAGUCAACUGAACAGUAUUUCUGUAAAGAACACAGGUAUUGUAUUAUGGCCCUAAGGAAAGAAAGAUCUGAUCUUAAAUAUGAUCCCAUACUCUCAGGCCUCAGUACAGCAAAGGAAUUCAACAGCUGGUUAGCUUUAAUGAGACGCUUAAGCCAUUGCUAUUCAGUAGAACACUUUUUAACAGACUGUUUGCUGGAAACCACUACUUGUAACGAAAUUUGCACACAAGUGCAUUUCCACACUGCCGUACUAUUAGUAGGGUGACUGAUCCUAUUCUGUUUUUACAUAGAGUUGAAAUAAGAUAAAAGUUUAUGCAGCCACCAUGAAAAAUAAAUUGGUUUAACUGUAGACUAGCUCUUUACUAAAAAUAAACUAGGAAUUAAAGAAAAAAAAAAAAAGUAAAAGAUCACGAGUCAAUAACUGAUUUAGUUGACAAUAGAAUUUUAGCUUUCAACCUUUUCUUUCCUGGAUAAUGGAAUUAUUAAGUCUACCUAUUGUCACCCAUGCAACACAGGCAAUAUACAUCUAAGGAAAAAGUGAUAAAAAGAUAAACGACAAGCAGCCUUUCAAAGCACAGAUUUUUGAGCUCCAAGGAUUCGCAAGCCUGCAAUGAAGUGCACCUAUGUUAAAAGUUUUCCGUAUUUUCCAGUGCAACAAGGAAAUUUCUGGGAUAUAAGUCUGCUUAUCUGAGAUUCCCAUGAGGCAUUAGUGUGUUGUGGAAGAUAGAAAAACAGUUCCUCAGCUUGUAUGAGUUGCUUGAAUUAUCUUGUCUUCAUCUUAAUUGGGAUAAUUUUUUAAAGCCAGGACAAGACAUUUUAUUAAUUAAUCUUCAUCUGUGAACACACACACACCAUCACGAACUAUUUUUUGUUUGUUUGUUUGUUUCAGUACAGUUUGUGCUUCAUGCAUUUGCCUGUUGUAAAUACCACCUUAUACCUGUGUGGAAAGUCAGUAGGACUGCAUGCAGGAAGUGUCGCUCAGCAUGAGCAAAGGUGCCUGACCUUGGCCCUUGGUGACUGGCUUUUUUUUUGGUCAAAUUUCAUAACUAUUUUUUUAAUGUAAACCUAUGAUGCAGAAUAUUUCUUUGCCCAAGGACUCUUUUUACUGCUUACACUCAUGGGUAAACUGAAAAACACAGCACGUUAGCUUAUUAGCCAUACAACUUUAAGCUACUUUACAAUAAACAAAGGAAAAAAAGAGAAAUUGUUUUUCAAGUAAUAAAUAGAAGUCAGCUCCUGCUGUAAGGAACAGGGGUGUAAAUCUGGAAUGAACUCACUGAGGUGAAUGGGUUAAUCUGGGAGAUGUGCAGUAUACAUGAGUGCAGAAUUUAAGUUUUUAGUACAAAAAGCCUAGACUCCAUUCCUAGAGCAUUAAAUGUUUUCAAAUAAAUCAGUGAAGUCUAAUACUCCCUUUUGUGACAGCCCCACUGUGUUUGCAUGACCCCGGUGUAAAACUGAAUCUGACCCCAUAUUACACGAGGAGCGAUGGUGGAUUGGCCUGGAAGAGACAUAAAAAAGGCACAUUCAUUGGUUUGUUUUCUAAAACUAUGCUGUGUUUUCUGCUUUCUAAUGGUUCUCUUUUUAUCAAAGAUCAGGCUGAGAUAUCAACUGAAAAAAAAUCACGUUGGAAAGGAUGUAAAACCGAAGGCUAUAUAUGUAUAUACAGUAUGUCUAAAGUCUUUUAUUUUUAUAUUUUGAAUGCCCUAAAUUAAUAAAAGACUAAUUAUGAAGCAUUUUGAUUUUCACUUUCAAAAUGAUUUUAGUAGUGUCUUCUCUUUGGCUAAGUACUGAUAAUGAAGUGCAACAACAAUGAACAUUUGCCUUAAAAUUACAAACUGCAACACAGCUGAUUUAACUGAUUUUAUAUAUCAAUUAGAAUAGGUAUGAAAAAUCACUGUUGUCAAAUUUAGACAAAAGAGAGGUUAACUGAUCAUGUCAGUACAAGCAUCCUUGAAAGUGCUGAAAAUGCAUGUCUAUUUUUAGCUAUUUGUUAUUUUUUAAUGCAUUAAAAAACACUUAUGAAACGAGACUUUACAUGUGAACUGUCAUUUUAAAGUAACAAUCUGGAAAGAUAUUUCUUUAGGAUUGAACAUUGAUAAGAGGAAGAGCAUUUGAAGUGUGAAUACAGUAUGGGGUGAUACAGAAACUGUCAGCAAUUGCAAGAUAUGCAUUCAUUUGACAACAAACCUUUAUAUAAAGGGAACAUUUUCAUGACAGAAUAAUACAUGAUUUUAAGUUACUUAAAGAGUUCUAGAGAAGAAACUGUCAAGUGGCAUGAAAUGAAACUGUCUUCAGUUAGCAUAACAGAAAAAUAUUUCACAGAGGUGGUUAGAAUGGCUAAUAAAGAUAGGAGUACAUCACUGAAAUAUUGUUUAUAUUUACAGUGACUGGGAAAAGCAAUAAUUUUAGCUGUACAGCAAUAACUUUUAUCUAUAGAAGGCACAUUGCUUUGAGGUGUAUGGCUAGUUAAUUAAGAUCACAUGUAUUCUGUCAGUCUAGAACACUGUUUC